AUGAUGAGAAAAUUAGGUAUUGCUGCGUUUUUAUAUAUUAUAUUUCUGUGCUGUGUUACUGGGGCGAGUUUAAAUGACACAAAGACUUUGUUACGGGACUUGCUUAGCAAUUACAACAAAAACGUGCGACCUGUUCACAAUCAGAGUGAAAGUGUCAACGUCACUGUUCAGCUUAACGUCAAGUCAAUUCAGGAGUUCAAUGAAGUCAGCCAAGUAUUCUCGGUUGCGGCUGCCUUUUCAAUAAGGUGGAAGGAUGAAAGUAUGACAUGGAACCCAGCGAAUUACGGAGGUGCGUAUCAAAUGAUGACUUCAUAUGAUGACGUUUGGGUGCCAGAACUCAUCCUGACGUCGCCGUCAGACGACGUCGAGAGCCUUGGGGCGGCAUGGAAUCGCAUCAGAUAUUUUGCCGAUGGAACCGCUGUUUGGCUCCCGGUAGCAUUAGUUACGUCCACGUGCACUGUCGACGUCGAAAUCUACCCGUUUGAUACACAGACGUGCACGCUCUCCUAUAUUGCUAUGGGGUGGUACGACUCUGGUGAAGUAUUCUUCCUACCAGCGACGGAAGAAGUUGACAUUACGUCAUUUUCAGAGCACCCUGUGUGGGACCUGGUCGAGACCACAGCCAAGUCCGAACAAGUUGGGCGUUAUUCGCAAGUGAGUUUUAGUUUCAAACUCAAGAGAAGACCGGCAUAUGUCUUUGUGAAUGUGGUAUUACCUAUUCUGUUACUGAGCGUCCUGAAUGUGUUGGUGUUCCUUCUGGUGCCGGAGUCCGGCGAGCGGGUUUCAUUCUGUAUUACCGUUCUCCUUUCUAUCGCGGUCUUCAUGACCAUAGUCAGCGCUAUGUUACCCAGGACCUCGAAACCCGUUCCGAUCGUUACCUACAAACUUAUCGUAGAUAUGGUUAUUAGUGCGGCGGUUACUGUUGUGGUCAUUCUUAAUCUUCGUAUCUACAGCAGGGAGACGGAAAUUUCCGUUCCGGUAUGGCUUGUUGGUAUUUACCGGUUUUGGAAAUGCGACGAUUGUCAAAAGCGAAAAACAGAAACCUUAGGGAAAACAUCAAAAGCGACCAGAAUACAAACGGUGAAAAUUAUCUCUGAAGCUGAAAAUGAGAAUGAUAUUAACAGACGACUGUCAGAAUUAAUAGAUGAAGAACAGAUCACGUGGAAGAAAAUAAGCUACAUGGUCGACGGCGUUGCCUUCUGGUUGUUUGGUCUUGCAACACUUUGCAGUUUCGCUGUUUACCUUGCUAUUGUUACAAGUCGCGGCGAGUAA